AUGCGGCUGCUGGACAAGGGGCUACAGCCGACUGUGAAGCCCCAGAUUCAGGAAGAACAAUACAGUGAUGUGAGGCUGGUGAAUGGAAACAGUCCUUGUGAGGGAAGAGUGGAAAUUCGUCAUCAAGGAGAGUGGGGAACUGUGUGUGGUUUGGGCUGGGAUAUAACUGAUGCCUCAGUGGUGUGUAGACAGAUCAUGUUCUGUGGAGAUGCUGUAGCAGCACCGCAAUACGGACACUUUGGAGCAGGAACAGGAAAGAUCUGGUUGUCCUACGUGAACUGUGGAGGUUCAGAAUCUACACUGAAGGACUGUGAACAUCACGGAUGGGGUACUGUUUAUAGCUGCGGACAUUCUGAAGACGCUGGAGUCAUCUGCUCAGGUUUAGCUGUACGCCUGGCAGGGGGACCUCACCUGUGUUCUGGGAGACUAGAAUUCCAUCAUAAAGAAUCAUGGUACACAGUGUGUGACACCGACUUUGACCUCCAGGACGCAAAGGUUGUGUGUCGACAGCUGGGCUGUGGGACACCUGUACAGGUGCAGGGAGCAGCAGUUUUUGGUAAAGGGGACGACCGGGUGUGGAAGAACAAGGUUGAGUGCGGAGGUGAUGAACGUGACUUUGUUCAGUGUUUACGAUCAUCCACAAAGGAGACAAAGUGCACUCAUGACACUGAUGUGGGACUGGAGUGUUUUUGGUACACAAACAGCAGACUGGUGGAUGGCCCAGACUCCUGUUCCGGGAGGGUGGAGUUACAGUACCUCACUGAGUGGGGCACAGUGUGUGAUGCAUCCUGGGAUCUGAGAGCAGCCAAUGUCCUCUGUCAGCAGCUGGGCUGUGGCAGCGCUGUGGCAGUACCAGGACAGGCCUGGUUUGGAGAGGGCAAGGGUUCCGUCUGGGCUGAUGUGUUUGAGUGUCAGGGGAAGGAGACACACCUGUCCCAGUGUACUGUUUCUUCAUGGAACCGAGCUCCAUGCUCUCAUGAACAUGAUGCAGGAGUCAUCUGUACUGGAUCAUCUCCCUCAACCCUCAAUGGGACUGUCCGACUGUCUGGAGGAAGUGGCUGUGAGGGUCAGUUGGAGGUUCACUACCAGCACACCUGGAGCAGAGUUCUCCUGGACUCCUGGAGCAUCAGGGAGGCUUCUGUGGUCUGCAGACAGCUGGGCUGUGGUUCUGCACUGAGGAUCUACAGCUCCUCCCUGUCUGGGACAGGGGACACUGAUGUGUGUCUCACAGGGUAUCAGUGCUCUGGGACUGAGUCUCACCUGGUCAACUGCAGUGCUCCACACACACUCAGCUGUAGUUCUAGCCGAUAUGUGUUCAUAGCAUGUUCCAGUGAGUACAACAGGUCCCUGAGGCUGGUGGGUGAUGAGGGCGGCUGUGCAGGGAGGCUAGAGGUGUUCCACCAGGGCUCCUGGGGGACAGUGUGUGGUGACUCCUGGGAUCCGAAUGAUGCUCAGGUGGUGUGCAGGCAGCUCCAAUGUGGGAUGGCUCUCCGCUCUACCUCUUUUGGUCCAGGAAAUGGAUCUAUAUGGCUGGAUGAGGUUGGCUGUGUGGGGAACGAAUCAUCUCUGUGGGACUGUCCUUCUGCCCAGUGGGGAAACCAUGACUGCAUUCACAAGGAGGAUGUGGGAGUUGUGUGUUCAGAAUACAAAGAUCUGAGACUGGCUGAAGGUUGUUCUGGCCAGUUGCAGGUUUAUUACAGUGACACCUGGGGAAACGUGUGUUUCAAUCAGAUGGACACAAACACUGCGAGUUUAAUAUGUCAGCAGCUCAACUGUGGGAAGAGUGGAAAUGUUUCUAGUACAGGAUCUCGAGUGAAAGGAGCUCCAAACUGGCUGGAUAUUGUCAAAUGUCGCCCACAUGACUCCACACUGUGGCAGUGUCCAUCCUCUCCCUGGGGACAGAAUAAAUGUGAUGAUGAGGACGAAGUGGCCCUCAUUACCUGUGACCCUGGAGAGAAGACUGAUGUUCCACGUAGCUAUGUACAGUGUUCUACUGCUGCCAGCCAGAAACUGUGUUCCAACCACCUGCCCCUCAGGCUGCGGGGGGACAGCAGCACGUGCUCAGGGAGAGUGGAGCUAAGGUAUGAGGGCUCCUGGGGGACCAUCUGUGAUGACUUAUGGGACAUAAAUGAUGCCCAGGUGGUCUGCAGACAGCUGGGCUGUGGGGCAGCACUGAAGGCUCAUGGGAACGCUGCAUUUGGGAGAGGAAACGGCUCCAUUUGGCUCAAUGAGGUGAAGUGCAGGGGUGAUGAGCUCCACCUGUGGGGCUGUCCUCACUCUCUUCAGGACCACACGACCUCCUGCUCUCACAAAGAGGAUGCUGGUGUCACCUGUGAAGGGAUGUCUUUUGAACAUGUGACUGCCAAGGAAACUACACAAACAUCCACAACUACAACCACAGCAAAACCAGGUAUUACUACAUUCUCUCUGUAUGCAUAUGCAGUGCUUCUCUACAUUAGUUACAUACCUUCUGUCCUUUGAAUCACAAACAUGUUGUUCACUUCACUGUAUUUCUCCUUUAGUUGAACCCAGAUCACUGCCCCCAC